UGCAGGAAGCCCUGCGAUUGUUUCCAUCAGUGCCACUUAUGGUCCGUGAAUUGACAGAGGAAUGUAAAUUUGGUAAGAAAAUUUGCAUGUGGUGAUAGAAGGCUGUCGCUUCUCCUCACACGUUAUGUUUUCAAACGAUCUAUUAAAUUCAGAAAGAAAUUUCUGGAAGGAAAUUCAAAAGAACUGGGGCCGGUUGUUGAAAAACCGAUUAACUUAACCCUAGUUUAAAGUGCAUAUGACACGAAAUUUCACCCCAAAGGUUUAUUGGUGCAUUGUAAAGAUCACUUAAAGUGACUUAAAUAAUUUCUUUUAUGGAAUUUUGGUAACUUGCUCCCUUUUCAAGAUAUUCAACUUUGUUUCAUAUGCAAAUAUCACCGGUGUGACAUCACAUCACAUCACAUCACAUCACAUAAUGAGUUUUCAGAAAAGUAUAGUUUUCUUGACGAAUACGUACUAUCUAAAAAACUUAAAAAUUGUCUUUGUAUUUGUAUUAAUUUCAUAACAUGUUAAAAUAUUUCAUAAAAUGUUACAUUUUCAAAAUGUCAUUAUGAGAUGUGAUGUCACACCGGUGAUAUUUGCAUAUGAAACAAAGUUGAAUAUCUUGCAAAGGAAGCAAGUUACAAAAAUUCUAUAAAAGAAAUUAUUAAGUCAUUUUAAGUGUUCUUUACAAUGCAAUCAUAAACAUUUGGGGUGAAAUUUCGUGUCAUAGGCACUUUAACCUAAAAUUCAAAGCAAACUUCCCAACAACUUGUUUAUAAACUUGGAAAUAUUUCUUCAGAAGUCUUGUGUGGAUCAAUGAGAGUUUUCUUUUCUGAAGUUUUGAAAUAAACACAUGUGCAGAAAUACCGAAAUUGAAACAGGAGGUUAAAUUUUAACCCAUGCAGCGCUAGCGGUAAUCCAGCUUUGAACAACCGGCCUCUGGAUGUUUAAUCAAUGUCUGUAUUGAUUUUUGUAGCCUGAGUUUAUAGCCUGAAUUUUCUUGGCUAAAACAAACAAUAUCGCCAAAAUUAUCGGUAAAAAAAUGUUUGCAUCCGAUCUGUGUCUGAUUUUCAACCGCUGCCGUCUGAUUGGUUUAUUUUUUACGUGAUCGCUUUUAUAUUCACUCGUAUAGAAGGUAAACUUCAAGUUUCAUGUUAUUUUCCACAUGUGGUUUGCCAACCUUACAAGCCAAGUUCUCUACUUCCGCUUCCGUGGAAAACACGAGCAUGUUUGGGAGGGAAGCGGAGGUAGAAAGCCUGGCUUGCGAGCUUUGUGGGUUGCAUAGACCGCGCAGCGAUUUUACGAUUUGUGGAGGAAGGGAGAGGGGUGGUGUCGAGUUUAAAUCAGUUGGCAGCGAACUUCGUAAGGAAUAUGAGGAUCCCGCCAGAAAAUUUUGACAAUUAUAAACGCUAUUUCCCACAAUAACUUACUCAAAGUAACCAUGUGUACAAUGUCUGACGAUAGCCAAACAUGUCUGACUGAAAAUUAAUGAAAAUUUUUGUAAAAGAACAAUUACACAAAGAUGCAACGAUCAAGUCGAGGGUUACUCUGCUUUGAAAAUCACGUAGGAAAAUCCCAAAACACUUUCAAAACUAAUAUGCUUCACCUUUGAAAACUGAUGUUGGUUAAGCCAAUGGUAGAGUCACGUAAAAAAGGAGAAAUAUAUUUCAACCUGAGCAUGCAGCUAUUAGUAUUUAUUACAGGACUAGUUUACCAAUUUUCCAAACCAAACACGAAAGGGCAUAUGCGUUCUGUCUCAUAAAACCGGGGCAUUGAAUAACCCGGAUUAUUAUGGUAUAAAAUCUGUCAAGAUUUUAUACUAUAAUAAUCCGGGUUAUUGUUUAAUGCCCCGGUGAAACUGGUGUAUGUUUUUCUCCAAUAGAAAAGAUGCCCAGGUGAGAUAAACCUGGGACCAACCAGGGCUUAUGUCAAUAUGUAGGUCAUAAUAGUAGUGGUUAAGGCACGGGCAAUAGGACAGGUGUAGUGUUGUUAAAUAGAAAGUUAGAAAUGGUAUUGUACUUACUCAUGUAUUAUAAUUAUGUUUAAAAGAUCAGAAUAUUCAUAACUUCUUAUUUUGUUUCAUAAAUAGUUCUUUAAUAUUCGAAACAAAUUCCACAUCUGCUUCGUCUGCCAUCGCCAUGUUUACUCGUCCCAAUCUACAUGCUGCACGGCAUUGCCGCCCCUCCUGGCAAAAUAAUAAGCAAGCGAGAAAAAUUAAGGAGAAAAUAAGAGGGUAGGAACAUUGUGGGCGUUUCGUGAGCGUGUCAUCGUUCUGGGCGAAUCGGCUUUCGCAAUAUUGUAUCACAUGACUAAUUCAAAUUGUCAUAGGCGGGAAGCAGCGUUACGUCAUCCCUAUGUCAAAUAAAACGUUAUAAAACGCGUCGAGGUUACGUUUGUGCCAUAUAUGGAAGUUAUGGAUAGGUUUGUGCCAUAUAUGGAAGUGUCACUGCAUCCAGCUUAUGACAACGAUGUUCCUACCCUCUUAUUUUCUCCUUAAUUUUUCUCGCUUGCUUAUUAUUUUGCCAGGAGGGGCGGCAAUGCCGUGCAGCAUGUAGAUUGGGACGAGUAAACAUGGCGAUGGCAGACGAAGCAGAUGUUAUGAAACAAAAUAAGAAGUUAUGAAUAUUCUGAUCUUUUAAACAUAAUUAUAAUACAUGAGUAAGUACAAUACCAUUUCUAACUUUCUAUUUAACAACACUACACCUGUCCUAUUGCCCGUGGUUAGGGCGCUUACAUAUAUAUAGGGCGUUGAAACGGCAAUAUAGGCUCUGAUCGAUGUGUAAUGCAAUGAACUGGUAACGAGCGUCCUGUUGUUACUAUGGUGACUGUUUUAUGGCAAGAUAAAUAUGGCGGGAAACUGGGUUCGAAGUUUUGACUGUUUUGUAGUCAAGUUUUGAUGAAGAAAAUGUUGUGAUAAAAUUCCGCUGUUUGAUACAACAAUAUAGUAGAUUCUGCUAUUGUAUUUUCAGAUAUUACUGCCAAGAAUCAAGCUAAUUUAUUAAAAAUAUUCCAGAAAAAUAUCGCUUCUCAAACUAUUUGACAAGAAUGAUCAAAUCUGUCCAAAUGGGAUAGAUCCAAUGCAAUUACAAAACAUCUAUAAAUGCUCCACAGUAAUUUCCUAUUUCGUCCAAAUGUUCCAACUAAGUCGAGAAGUGGUUUUGAAUGCGUUCAAUACAUCGAAUAUCGUAUUAUAAGUCGAGCAGCGCAUUGCACCUCCCUAUAUAUAAACGCCCUGGUGAUGAUGGACAGUGCCCGAUCAGAUGAGUGCUCCAAGAAUAACAAAUAAUCACAAAUUAUAAUGGAAUGUUCAAUUACAGGUCCGUACCAUAUUCCUGAAGGCUGUUCUGUCCUUGUGGCGCCUAUGGCAUUACACCGUAAUCCUGAAGUAUGGGACGAUCCUGAUACGUUUAAUCCUGAUAGAUUUCUUUCUGAAACUAACGUUGGAAGAAAUCCCUUUGCUUAUGUUCCUUUCUCGGCAGGACCCAGAAACUGUAUUGGUAAGUAACGCAGUUUAAUAUGUAACAUGUCAUGGUGGCGUAACUUAAACUGAAGGGGACCUUUGUCCUGUUCAUUCAAACUGCCGACGGGGGGUGGCUACGGUGAUAUUCACCGGAUGGAACGCACACUGAAAUUGGCAACGCUGAUUGUUACCUGUUACCCUGGCGGUUUACGAAACGGAAUUACGGCAAUACCCAAAGUAGUUAUGCAUCUGACAUAACAGAAAUCUUAUUCGCAAUCCUAAUCGGAAUCUUCUCUUUUAGGGCAAAAAUUUGCAAUGAUGGAGGAAAAAGUCGUAUUAGCUUCAAUUAUACGUCAUUUUCAUAUCAAAUCUACGCAGUUGACUGAGGAUAUCAAGAUAACUCCUGAACUUAUUCUUAAGUCCACCAACGGUAUUAUGGUGAAACUGGAAACGAGAAAUUUAUAGAGAUUUCUUUGCUCUGUAUUCUAGUGAAAAUAAAUAAAUGCAAACCUCGGUCAAAUUACAUCCUCUGCUCAACCAGGUCAAAUUACAUCCUCUACUCAACGACACUGGAGUAUAUACGGUAAUUUAAAGUCGCAAUGUGGUCUAGGGAUAACGUCAUCAGCCAACAAGGUCUAGAUAGGUUGUUGAAGAGAACUACCGUCAUCUCCAUUUAUGACUGGGGUUGUGUGCACGUUCUCACAUCACGCUUGUUACGAACGUCUUUUUCAACAUAUAUAAACAGCAACAUUGCGACUUUAGAUCAUCCAAGUUAGAGGUGGAGGGCCGAAUCCCCUUGUUGUGAGCUUAGGCUCGCUUGUUAAAAAUUCAUGCCGAUUUGAGGGGCUGACUUCCCAACAUCCAAUGCAGAUUGUAUAAUCAUAACCUGGAUAGUUCUUUGCAAAUGCAUGGUUGAAAUAUAUGGUAAUGAUUUUAAGUAAUCUGUACUUGAUUGUACUAUGCUAGUACCAUUAGAGCAUUUAUCCAACAUGAAAUUUCUUCGGUAUAUCUUUCAAUUCUUUUCAAGUUCAUUAAUUAAGUCCUUUGCUCAUAAACACUAAUUGCAGAAUUACUGGAACCAAUAAUAAUUACUGGAACUUUCCACGUUUAUCGGGUUGCAUACUUGCACCCUCCACGCCUUGCCACCCAGACAUUUUGAUACCCCGCCCCCUGGUUUUAAUUCUACAUCAUUGCCUGGUGGGGCACUUGAGUGGAGUGUUGACCGAGCAUUGCAUUUAUUUGGUUUAAUUAACCAGAGUAGCGCAGAAAAACACUUCAAAUAAAUUGUUAUAUAUAUAGACCUUACUGAUUUUUAGAAAUAAAUUACGUGAGAGU